AUGAAUUCAAAUACAUCAAGUCGAUUAUCAUCUAAUGGUUCAGGUUUACAAUCAUUAAAUACGAAAAUAUCAAAUACAGUUAUUGAUUAUUCACCAUGGGUGAGACAACAAAGACCAUCAUCAUCAAAAGCAGCGGAACGAAAACCUAAACUACCCACUAUUAUAGAACCUCCUAAUAUUGUACAUGAAGAAAAUAAAUGUUCGGAACUUUGUCGACAUUUACGAAGAAAACCUCCUGAGCCACUUCUUAUUCCUGACAAUCCUGCUAAAAUUCAAUGGUUAACAGUACAAUUACGAAUGCAUCAAACACGUAUAGAAACAUUUCUUCAACGUGAAGAUGAAUUAAAAGAAACUAAUGCAAAAUUACGUGAAUCAAUAUCUAACACUGAACGUUCAAGUUAUGGUACAGUUGAAGCUAAUUUACAUCGUUUUGAUCAAUAUAAAAAAACAAUUUCACUUGUUGAAACAAAACAAAAUGAAGAAAAACAAGAAUUACUUAAUGCACUUAUACAUGAACGACAACAACUUGCAAAUGAAGUCGAAAUGUAUGAAAAUCAAGUUGUAUCUCUUGAUAAUCAGAUAAGCGAUUGUCAACAAUUACUUAAACAACUGAAAACAUAUAAAGAUAUUGAAUAUCCUGAAAAAGAACGAAUUCUUCAAAAAUUAUUACAAGAUAUUGAAGAGACAAAUCUUUUUAAUUCAGAAGAAGUCGAUGAAAUAACUCGUAUUCUUAAAAAACAAGAACAGAAAUAUUUAGAAGAUCUUCGUUUAACUGUAGCAAGACUACGUGAAGAACAAGCAACAUCAGCUUUUUCUAAUGUGCAUAAAUCUUAUUUUCUUGUGUCACUUGAUAAUGAUCGAAUGCGAGAAGAAAUUGCUAUUCAAGAAGAAAAAAUUCGUCUAAUGGAAAUUGAAAAUGAACAUAUAAGAAAACUAAAUACACAAUUAAAACAUCAACAAACUAAAGCAUUCGAUUCUCGUACUUUAUUUCCACAUGUUUUCCGACAAACGACAAUGCCCAUUUGUACACCUGAUAUGGAUAUUGUACUUGAUAUUCCUGAACGACAACCCCCAUUACCUGUAUAA